AUGGAUAUUCAAAUCCAUGCAUCGGCUGCUCCAAUUACCACCAAAAAUUUUGGCAAUGAACAAACUCGUCGCUCCAUCUCGUAUCAUCCUACUGUUUGGGGAGACUAUUUCCUUGCAUAUACUUCUAAUGAGAUAUAUGGGCAAGAGGAGCAAGAACGUCAAAGACUAAAAGAAGAAGUAAAAAGUCUACUAGAAGCCAUGCCAGAUGAUUCACUGCAUAAAUUAGACCUCAUUGAUGCAAUUCAACGUCUUGGCGUCGGUUACCAUUUCGAAACUGAAAUUGAGAAAUCUCUAAAAUAUGUAUAUGAUACUUGCCAUGAAAACUAUGACGUUUUCAACAAGUUUAAGGAUCACCAAGGAAAAUUUGAUGAAUCUUUGAUCACCAAUUUACAAGGCUUGUUAAGCUUGUACGAGGCUGCACAUUUUGGAGUACACGGAGAGGAAAUUCUUGAGGAAGCAUUGAAGUUUACUACCACUUACCUCGAUUCGUCGCUCUUCCACGUGAGAAAUUAUAUGUCUACACAAGUUAGUGAAGCAUUGGAGAUGCCAAUUCAUAAAACAUUGACAAGGCUGGGGGCAAGAAACUUCUUAUCUAUUUACCAAAAAGAUGAAUCACAUAAUGACAUACUACUGAAUUUCGCAAAAUCAGACUUCAACUUACUGCAGAAGAUGCAUCAGAAGGAGCUAAGUGACAUAACGAGGUGGUGGAAGUCUUUAGAGUUUGGAAGUAAAUUGCCGUUUGCCAGAGAUAGGGUCGUCGAAUGCUACUUUUGGAUAUUGGGGGUCUACUUUGAGCCCGAGUACUCUAUUUCUAGAAAAAUACUAACUAAAGUAAUCGCGAUGUUUACCGUUAUUGAUGACAUCUACGAUGUCUAUGGAACCCUAGAUGAACUUGCACUUUUCACUAAUGCAAUUGAAAGGUGGAAUAUUAAUGACAUGGAUGAGCUACCAUUAUACAUGAAAUAUUGCUUUAAAGCUUUCUCUGAUGUUCGUGUUGAAAUUACCGAAGAGUUGGAAAAGACAGGCAGGUGGUAUGGUAUUCAUUAUGUGAUAAAAGAGAUGAAAAAUUUAGUCGGCGCAUAUUUUGAAGAGGCGAAAUGGGUAUACAAUCGAUACAUGCCGACACACAUGGAAGAGUACAUGAAAGUCGCACUUAUAUCUAGUGGUUACAUAAUGUUAUCUACAACUUGUUUAGUAGGUAUGGGAGAGUUGGCGACUGAGGAAGUCUUUGACUGGAUUUCGAGUGAAUCGAUAGCCGCAAAGGCAUCAGCAAUUAUUGCUCGACUAAUGGAUGACAUGGCAGGACACGGAUUUGAGCAGAAAGUAUCAGCUGUGGAAUGUUACAUGAAUGAGAAAGGGAGCUCAAAAGAAGACGCAUUUACUGAAUUACAAAAACUUGUUACAAAUGCAUGGAAGGAUAUAAACCAAGAAUGUCUUCGUCCAACUGUGGUACCAAUGGACAUUCUCAUGCGAGUCGUCAAUCUUGCACGUGUCAUUAAUCUUAUUUACAGAGAUGGAGAUGGGUAUACGAAUUCCAAAACCAAGUUAAGAGGAUUCAUAACUGAUGUACUCGUUGAACCAGUGAAAAUAUAA